GCCACUGCACAGCACUGAUCAGCUCGCUGUACAACUCCUGCUUGUCUACACCAAACAGGAGAGACAGGGAGAGAAAAGACAAAGACAAGAUAUACACUAGUGCGGAAAAAUCUUGUGCUUUACCUGACUGACCGUCAUUAACUUCAGAAAAACUGGACUUAGACAUAGUGGGACAGAAGUUCGAGGAAAAAUAUUUGAAGGAUGCAGGAUGGGAGCUGGAAUGACACACUCCCCCGUGCAGUGCUUCUAAAGGAAGCGUGUCCUCCAGGGGGUGUGUCUCAGGAUGGGGACAGGGACGUGUUCUUGGAGGCAUCUUCAGAUGGAAAAGUGUACCUGGCAGAGUUUGAAGGGGGGGACGGGGACUUUUUGGAACUCUCUGCCUUCCUAAGUCAGGAUGAGAUUAACCGCAGUCUGGACCUGGCUCGAGAAGCCAUGAGUGACGCAGGUGAUCCCUGUGAUUUCUCUGAUGUGCCCGUUCCUGCAUCUUUACCCAAAGAAUUUGAGCCAGCACUCCACUCCCCACCCUCUUCCCUGAACUCCACCCCUCAGCAUUUAACUGCAACAGAGAAUCCACCUCUUCAUUUGCAAACCAAAGGCAGCACGCUACACAAUUCUGUUGCAAUGGCUUCAUCAAAUCCAGCUGAAGCUACAUCUGUCAAGGUUACAUCCAGUCAGAGCGUUCAGCUCAACAAACCCGAACCCCCACCCCACCCCAAGCCUAGUGUGCCCAUGUACAAGCAGGAGCGUCCCCGGUUGGUCCAUGGAGGUCUGGAGGUCAAUGAGCGAGCGGCUUCUACCACUGAGUUCUGCAGCCGGGCUGCCACCUUCAUUGAGGAGCUUUCCUCUAUUUUUAAAGGGUCGAGCCGUUUUGAUCACCAGGAAGAUGAUGACUCCUCCUCACCCGACAGUGGCUACCGGUCUCCAAAGAGCCACAAACUGGCAAUGCAGCAAGCUCAGUCCUCUUCAUCAUCUGCAUCUUUUUCUCCAGAAGUGCCCCAAUCAGCUGGUCUUGAAGGCAAACCUGAGAUAGAGUCGGAAAUAGACGGGAACGAGCACCAGGUUGGUGAGAUCAGCACGGAUGGAUCAAUGGCACCUCCUCGAUUCACUCAGAAGCUUAAGAGCCAAGAGGUAGCGGAGGGAAGUCCCAUCACUCUAGAAUGCAGGGUGACGGGAAACCCCCAGCCUUUGGUCAGGUGGUUCUGUGAGGGCCGCGAGCUGCAUCACUGUCCUGAUAUUCAGAUCUGCCAGACUGGUGACCUGCACACGCUGGUGAUUGCAGAGGCUUUCGAGGACGACACGGGCAGGUACACCUGCGUAGCGUCCAACGCUUUGGGAGCAGACAACACCUCUGCCGAGGUCUACAUCGAGGGAGCCUCGUCUUCAGACUCAGAGGGGGAAGGAUCUGCUUCCAGAUCCAAGUCAGGAGCCAUGCCACAGGCUCAGAAGAAAACAGCGUCGGUGUCCUUAACCAUUCGCACUUCUUCACCGAAAAGCCCUGAUAAACCGUCCCUCCGCUCCACACUGCUCCAGCCACUGUCACAGAGAGUUCAGAGUCCUGUCUCCCCACAGUACACUACUGAUGGACCUCACUCAGGGCCCCCAACCUUCACCAAGUUAUUGCAGGAUGCUCAGGCGUGUGAGGGGCAGCUGGUGGUUCUGGAGUGCAGGGUGAAGGGAAACCUGCCGCUCCGGGUUCAGUGGUUCCGGCAAGGUCAUGAGAUCCAGGACUCGCCUGAUUUCCGCAUCCUCCAAAAAAAACCCAGAUCUGCAGCAGAGCCCGAAGAGAUCUGCACUCUGGUGAUAGCCGAAGUUUUCCCUGAAGACGGAGGCCUGUUCUCCUGCAGUGCCACAAACCAGUAUGGCUCCAUCAGCUGCAGCGCCCAGCUCACCAUCCUGCCAGUGUCUGAAGACUCCCCCAGAAACGGCGUCCCCAGAGACGACAGUGUCUUCGAGGACAAUCGAUCGUUCCCACCUCCACCUCCACCCACUGAAAUCAGCCUCCUAGAGGUCCCACCCAAAACACCGCCCAGUGCAGAGGCCUUCCAAAUAAAUGAGCUAGACAUUUGGCCGAGUGUUCAGGCUGCCACUAAUGUUGAGCCCCAUUCGAACGGGGCAUUUUCCAGCAGCAAUAUCCCCAGACCCCAAUCAGCAGCGAGUAUGAAGGAGACUCCAUCACUUGCUGGAGAAGCUGCAUCUCCUCCACCACCAUCUCCAGCUAAAGAGGGUCCUCCUGUUCCCAUUAAACCCAAACCCAGACUGAACGCAGAACAAUUGAAGCAGCUCCACGAUCAGGUCCUACUAGAGCAGCAGGAAGCAGCUAAGUGGCAACAGCAACAGCCCGAGCAAAAAGCCCUGCCCCUUCCUCAGCAGCAACUACCCCAGGACAUCCCGCCUCCAUCCCCGCCUCUUCCUCCUCCUCCCUCCUUCCAGGAGCUGGAGUGCAGCACCAUGCAGACGAGCACCUUCAACUAUGCUCGGCCCAAGCAAUUCAUCGCCGCCCAAUCUCCCAGCAGCCCCGGUGCCGGGUCGCUGAGCUACUCCACCCAGUCCUCGACCUCCUCAAGCUCCAGCCUGACAUCUCCACUCUCGCCCUCCGCUACCCAUAAACCGUUUGGCCGUGUCACCCUGCCGCCUUUCCAGGCGUUGCCUAAAGGAGGCAGCAUGGAGUCACCAGGCUCUCCUUCGUUUCCUCCACCUCCUCCACCCUUCCUCAGCUCUAGCACAGUCACCUCUCCCUGUAGCCCAGCGCAGGAUUUCCCCCCGCCGCCACCUCCACCCCCGCCUCCCGUCACCACAAGUCCCACCCACUCAGACAGCUCAUCUCCCUUCUCACCCAAGACCCAAUCACCUGCUGGGUUUCUGGUGUCGGUGCUGCCAGCCACACCCCCUGCACCACCUGUUAAUGCGCUGGGGCUGCCCAAAGGAAACGGCACAGUUGGGUUCCUGCGUAAGAACACCCGCACACCACACACACGGAUCGUAAGCGACUCCGAGAUCCAGGACUCCAAAGAUGCCGUCAUUCAGGACUUGGAAAGGAAGCUGCGCUUUAAAGAGGAACGCAUCAGCAACGGCCAACAGAGGUUAACCUAUGAAGAGAAGAUGGCUCGCAGGCUUCUGGGGGCUGACAAUGCAGCCACAGUGUUUAACACACAGCCAGCAGAGGAGGAGCCCGCCACACAGGAAAGCCCUUCAGCAGAUUCAGAAUUUGUCCCUCAAAAGGAAUACAAGGUGUCAAGCUUCGAGCAGCGACUGAUCAGCGAGAUCGAGUUUCGGCUGGAGCGCUCCCCGGUGGAGGAGAGCGAUGAUGACGUCCAGCAUGACGAGAGCCUUCUGGGAGACUGUGUGGCACCUUUCUUCGACCAGAAACUCAAACAUUUCAAAGUUUUCGAGGGCAUGCCAGUGACCUUCAGCUGCAAGAUCAUCGGAGACCCUAAGCCAAAGGUGUACUGGUUUAAAGAUGGAAAACAGAUCUCCAAACGGAGCGAGCACUACCGCAUUAGCCGGGAUCCGGACGGGACGUGCUACCUGCACACAGCUGCCGCCUCUCUGGACGACGAUGGCAACUACACCAUCAUGGCCGGCAACCCUGGGGGCAGGGUGAGCUGCACCGGCAGGAUGAUGGUGCAGGCGGUAAACCAGAGGGGGCGGAGCCAGCGCUCUACACCUGGCCACAUCCGCAGACCCCGCUCCAGAUCCAGGGAUGGCGGCGAGGAGAGCGAGAGCAUUCAGGAGCGUCACUUCCGCCCCCAUUUCCUGCAAGCCCCAGGUGAUCUGAUUGUGCAGGAGGGGAGACUCUGCCGCAUGGACUGCAAGGUAAGUGGGUUACCCACGCCCGAUCUGAUCUGGCAGCUGAAUGGCCACACCAUUCGUCCAGAUUCCUCCCAUAAAAUGCUGGUGCGAGAGAACGGAGUCCAUUCGUUGGUGAUCGAGCCUGUGACCAGCAGAGACGCCGGAGUUUACACAUGCAUCGCCAGCAACCGGGCCGGACAGAACUCCUUCAACCUGGAGCUGAUUGUUGCUGCUAAAGAGAUGCACAAAGCUCCCUCCUUCAUCGACAAGCUCCAGAACACGAGCGUCGCCGAGGGCUAUCCUGUGCGCCUGGAAUGCCGUGUGUCCGGGGUCCCUUUCCCUCAGAUUUUUUGGAAGAGGGAGAACGAGUCCAUCACUCACAACACAGACAGAAUAAGCAUGCACCAGGACAACUUUGGCUAUCUGUGCAUGAUUAUUCAGCCAGCUCUGAAGGAGGAUGCAGGCUGGUACACGGUUUCAGCCAAGAACGAAGCAGGCAUCAUCUCCACUACAGCACGACUCGAUGUUCACCACCAGUAUCAGCAGACACACACCCCGAAGCCCAAGAAAGUGCGACCUUCGACCAGCCGCUACGCCGCUCUGACCGAGCGCGGCCUGGACGUCAAGGCGGCCUUCUUCCCAGACUCCAGCCCCCUGCCCCCUGGCACCCUGGUGGAGAGUGAUGACCUGUAGAGGCUUGCUCAGGUUUGACGCUAUGAACCCUGACCCUUGACCAGAGUGCCAAUGUUUCAAAAACAGACACCAUCAUGGCCUUGCCAGAGGAGCCUUAAUAAACCUGUCGACUGUUCUCAGCUGUUUGAAGCUGAGCCGAAGAAAAAUUAAUCAGAAAAAUAUGUAUAUUUAAAAAGAAUUUUUUAGAAAUAAUAAAAAAAAAAGUUACAGAUUUGAAAGAUUUGUGAGUGGGAGAAGAUAGAACGUUAGGAAGUGUGAUAGGCACUGAAGUGAUGUCAUAUCCUCAUACACAGACACACACACGAACACAAAUUCAUAUCAAGCUGAUGAUUAAAAUGCUUACAGCAGAAAAUAAUUGGAUUCAUUUUAGACCUCUUUUUGUGCAUGUGUUACUCUGGCGCCAGCGUGUAGGACGUGAUACUCAGUGCCUUAGUCUCUUAGCCGGACGUCUGUUCAUGUUGUAGCAGAUCGAGUUUUCAGUUAUGGGGCGGUGUUUCUAGCGAGGUCUAAGUGUUAGGUUUCUAUUAGUGUUCUUUCCUAAUUGUAUAAACUGCGUGUAGAGAUCCUGACUACGCUAGCACAGAUAUCCACCAAGUCUGGACGCCGUAGAUAUUGCACAAGGCCGGGCCUUAUCUUAUUUUGAUUUGAUUUUAUUAUUUUUAGUCUUUCUCUAUCUUGUGUUUUGGUUAAAGGGAGGUUGGUGCUGAACUGGGUAACGAGACUGAUGAUUUUCAGAAAGACACUCUUGCGUGACCGGGAGGUGGCGGUGCGGUGCGGUGCACUCGCGUGAUGUGCGUCUGCUGUGUAGAGAUGACACCGCCACUUUAAACAGAAAGAACGGAUGUGCAGAAAGGUCAGGGGGAAAACUGAAAGAAUUUACAUAAUCGAAUUUAGCAAUGCAAUGGAUAUGAUAAUGCUAACUGUUUUUUUUUUUCCAUACAAACACACAAGUCAUAACACCAGCAGAAGUGUUUUUACCCCUUAAACAAAACUGUGUUGAUUUUCAUACGAGGACGAGGGAAACGAGUGAAGUAAAAUAUUUAUAGGAUCCAGAUGCAGACCUUAAAUUAUAUUAGUGAUUUUCUCAUGGCUUUACGCCCAGUCUUUAUUUAACUAUAUAUUUACCACCGUUCUAAUUAUUAACACUUUUUUUCUUCUUCUUCUUCUUCUUCAUAUUCAUAUAUACAGUAUAUGCACACAUAUUCAACUCUGGUACUUGUAUUACAUUACAAUAUUUUACUUAACUAGAGUCAAGGGUAGCUGGAUUGCACAAAUGUAAAGCUUGCAGAAGUAUAGCUAGACAUAGACUUCGGCUUCUUCACAUGCACUCACUCAACUCCUUACAAUAUCUUCUGUUCUUUUUUUUUCUUUCGCUGUCUGAACACAAUACAUACUUAAGGAUUGAUGGAAGAUUUUUUUUCCCUUUUAGUUCCAAGUUGAUAUGCCUGUAUAUGAAAUGUUCUUCUGUUUUUGGUUUAUGAACCAUAUAAAUAAAAAUAUCUGGAAAUACUA